AAGCGCCUCAACUGUAAACGUACUACAAUUCCCAGCGUGCAUUGCGGAUUAUGGUGCCAUGACGGAGAGGUGUGAACAUAGAGAGGCGUUCCUAGGCGCAUGCGCUCUAUGUUUUGCGAAGGCCCCCCUCAACAGCGGCAGUCGGUGUUAUCGGUUAGCGGUCAUUACGAAUACCCCUUGGCAAGCUGGGGACGGCAUGCGGUUCUACGCUGUGAGGAGCUCCCGGUAACGGCAGGGAGCACUCUGGAAACAACAAGACUGAAUAUGGGCGAAAAGAAGCCAGAACCGCUGGACUUUGUUAAGGAUUUCCAGGAAUACCUCACGCAACAAACACACCACGUCAAUAUGAUCUCUGGGUCCGUAAGCGGCGACAAAGAGGGCGACACGAUGCCAGGAGGGCCACAAAACCACGAUGUGCUCACCGCUAACUCUCCGUGCCUUGCUCUACCGGCAGCUGGGACAGACAGCGAUCAGAAUGGGCUGGACCACCCUUCUGUGGAGGUGUCUCUGGAUGAGAGCGCUGGAAUGCUGGUGGAUGGCUUUGAGAGGACUUAUGAUGGGAAACUAAAAUGUCGUUACUGUAACUAUGCUAGCAAAGGCACUGCUCGUCUUAUAGAACACAUUCGCAUACACACAGGUGAAAAGCCGCACCGUUGUCACUUGUGCCCAUUUGCAUCUGCAUAUGAACGACACUUAGAGGCUCACAUGCGAUCUCACACUGGGGAAAAGCCAUAUAAGUGUGAGUUAUGUUCCUUCCGCUGCAGUGAUCGAAGCAACUUGUCCCAUCACCGUCGACGCAAGCAUAAGAUGUUACCCAUCAAAGGUACUCGUCCCUCUCUUGGGAAUAAGAAAAUGUGGGGUGUCCUUCAGAAGAAAGUGAGCAGCCUGGGCUAUACCCGCAGGACUCUGAUUAACCUUAACCCGCCGUCCUUGGUGGUGCACAAGCCUGACUAUUUGAGUGACUUUUCCCAUGAAAUACCCAGCAUCAACGCCAAUGAAGCAUAUGAAAACCUAGCAAAGGCAUCUCAUGGAGUAGGGCUGUCACGAGAUCCCCAAGAGCUCUUGGUGGACAACCCAUUAAACCAGUUGUCUACUUUAGCUGGGCAACUCUCCAGCCUUCCACCAGACACCCAAAAUCCCGCCUCUCCUGACACAGGACCCUGUACUGAUGAAAAGCCCUUUAUGAUCCAGCAGCCUCCUCCUCCAUUCUGUGCUUCUGCUGCAGCCGUCUCUACCAGCGUGGCACAAAGCUCCUCUCCAGCCAGCCCCGAGGUGCGGCCUUCCCACAACCACAGAAACUGUAGCCCCAUGGCUGGGCCAAGCAGCGAACGCAGCGGGCGAACCAGCACUCCUAGCAUCAGCAACAGUCAGCCUAGCACUCCUGCCCCAGCCCUGCCUGUACAGGACCCUCAGCUCCUGCACCACUGCCAGCAUUGUGACAUGUACUUUGCAGAUAACAUACUGUACACCAUCCACAUGGGCUGCCACGGCUUUGAAAACCCCUUCCAAUGCAACAUAUGCGGCUGCAAGUGUAAAAACAAAUAUGACUUUGCCUGCCACUUUGCACGAGGUCAACACAGCCAACACUGACUUUAUACGAGCUGUGGCCUGUUUUUAAUUUUAAACCCGACCUCUGAAGACAGUCUGCUACGGCGUCAGCCGUCUGAGGUUUGUAUAUGAUGUAAAUAUAAUCUGUGCUCCUCGUGUGCCUGGACGGUGCGUGAGAACGCGUAAAUCAAAAGUGUUUUAAAAUGGAGAUGGCAAAAAACGUAUUACAAGCUUUCCACGUUUUGCUGCCAAGACCCGCUUCCGUAUGUUUUCAUGAAGAAACGCAUAUGAUGUUGGCAGUUGCCACCAUGAGGCAUAUGUCAAUUAGUAAUCUUCCCAUCUGUCUGCUGUGCAGGUGGGGGCUCCGCUGUAUAUCCACCGAUUGACUGAUGUGGUCAUUCAUUUUGCAGGAAAACAAUGUUUCUCAAAAUUUGUAUGUAUUUGGUUGUGAUGCCUUUUACUGAAUCUUAUUCCUAUAAGACAGCUUUUAAAGAAGUGAUGCAAACGAUGCUUGCCACCAUUCUGUGUUUUGUUAUUUGUUUUCUUUUCAAUAUGUUCCCUCACGGUUGUUACGUAUAUAUAUAUCUCUGUGAUACAUUCACAGCAUGUUGCGUGUUUCCCCAAAGAUUUAAACUGCUUCAUAAUCCAUCACUGCAUAAAAUAAACCUGAUUGUCUAUUCACACCUUA